AUGAUCGGUGGAGGGGCUCGUCCAGGUGCCGGGCCAGUGCGUGCCGUCGGCCAUCCAGAUGGCCUUUGGAAGCUUCACGCUUUCGACGGGCUCGCCGUCGGCGAGCUCCCUCUGCCGCUUCAUGGCCUUCAUCUCCUCACGGGCGUUGAAGGCGUCCGAUCGACGGCGGAUCGCGUCGGGGAGGCCGUUUAUCCUCACCUUGAACUCGUCGUAUUCCCUCUUCACCCUCCGCCGGUCCCUGACGAAGUCCGGCCGGACCUUGUUCUUGUAGGGGUCCCUCUUCAGGUUGAAGUAGCUCUCCGGGUUCCUGGGCUCGAUGGUGUGCUUACGGCAGAAGGGGACCCAGAUGUUGGCGAAGCUCGCCGCCUCCGCCAUCGCCUCGAAGGUCAGGAGAGCGCCGCCGUCAUCGGAGACGUAGCAGGAGAGCUUCUCCACGGGAUAGUCGGCGGCGAGUAUGGAGAGGAUGGUGUUGGCGGUGACCAGGGGGGGCUCCUUCUCUGGGUCGGCCGUGGAGACGAAGAUGUCUAACCCGGGGAGGUCGGAUCUUCCGGAGGAGGAUUUCUCGAACUUAUCCUUGAGCACAGUGAGGUCGGCAGCGCGAUUCACCGGGCAGAGCUUGGGGAGCUGGUCGAGCAGCCACGAAAAGGCGAACCAGAUCUCGCAGACCACCGACAUCCCCCACAGCCAGACUGCGUCCUCGUUGACGUGCUUGAUCCGCCAUGCCAGGAACAGCCCCAGGACGACCAUCCGUGCGAAUAUCAGAAGCCUGCACGCCGCCAGAGAGAGAAGAGAGAGAGAGAGAGAGAGAGAGAGAGAGAGAGUCAACUAGAGAGAUGAUUGGCGGCAGGGAAUAGAGGGAAGAAAUGAGGAGGAAUAUCGGCGUGCAUUGGGUUUACCGGUAAGGGCUGAGGAUGGCUGCGGAGAUCUUCAGCUUGCGGGUCAGAGGUCGCCAUGGUUUUUUCAUAAGUUCAGAGUGAUGGGCGCCGUCGCCGCCAUCGCCGCCAUCGCCACCGCCGCCGUUCUCCGUCGGCCAGAAGGCGUUACCAUAGCCGUAGGUUCCCUUGGUCUCGAACAGCCAGCGAUUGUGGUCGAAGUCCCCCGUCUGGCUCCUGGUAAGGUUUGUCGACCUCACCAUGGACAGCCGGGGGGCCAUCUUCGACGCCCUCCCCGGCGGUGGAGGGAGCGGCAGCGUCUGCCCGCCACCGCCACCGCUCUCCAUCUCGCCGGCGUCGGUGCUCCGGUAGGGCUCCUUGCAGCCAGGGCAUAUCCCGCCGUCGUCCUGUCGAGCGGCGUCGUCGUAGCAUUCGGCGCAUAUCUUGUGGCCGCACUCGCAGGGGACGAUGUCGACGCCGCGCUCGUCCCUCAUGACCUUGCCGUCGCAGCCGACGGUGGCACAGACGGACCCCCUGGCUCCGGCCAUCUGCGGAUGGCUCGUCUCGGAGUCGAUCACCUUCUCCAUCAGGUGGGCGCGGGUGUGACUGUUGAAGCCGCCGGAGAAGAUGGAGUUCGACACGUACUGCUCCUCCACGCGGACGGAGAUGGUGGGGUCAACGGGGACCUCGCCGGCCAUCGGCUGGUUGUCCGGCGUCGGCGGGAUGUCCACCCGGUACCUGGCGUAUUCCCCGCUCUCUGGUUCGGAGUCCAUCUGCUCCUGGUAG